CCCAUGCCCGCCGCUCCCACCCGAGAUGGUUAGCGCCCCUCCUCCUUCCGGUCCCUUCCCCUGCCUCGGCCGGCCAGCCAUGGAUUCACCAAGCGGGCUCUGGUGGCGGCCGGCGCCGUCGUCGUGUCCUCCAUUCCCGUCAACCCCCUCGAUGUCGCCAAGGAGCAGGACGAUGCAGUGGGGCAGCAUCUCUAAUCAUUUAAGCUUCAAAUUAACCAGUCCAUUAUAUUAUGCAACUCUGUGAAUAGAAUUGAGCUACUGGCUAAGAAAAUAACUGAACUCGGUUAUUCAUGCUUCACAUUCAUGCUAAGAGCCUAAGAUGUUGCAAGACAACAGAAACUGAGUGUUUCAUGAGUUUCAUAAUGGUGCUUGCAGAAACCUUUUGUGCACAGAUAUGUUUACCAGACGAAUUGAUAUCUAGGCUAUUUAUGUGGUUACUAAUUUUGACUCCUCUAAGACAUAUUUACACAGGGUUGGUCGUUAUGGGAGAUAUGGGCACCUUGGUUUGGCAGUGAACUUGACCACUUACAAAGAUUGUUUCAACUUAUAUAGUAUUGAUAAAAAAAACUUGGAACGGAAAUUAAGACAAUACCCCCACAAAUUGACCUGUUUGUAUACUGCCAAUGAUGAUAGCGACAGCUUCAUGAGCGUCAGGCACAUUUUAUUUAUUUUGACCUGUUUGUAUACUAACUUAACACAAGCUUUUUUGUCAAUAACGUGGGAUUCGGAAUUUUCUGAGCUUUGUGUAGUGGAGGAGGAGGAGAGGCCCAUGUCGGUGGAGCUGGAACCCAUCGCCAGCGAGCAGCAGCUUAACUAGGUCCUUGGAGAGGCGUAGCAGCUCCAGCUCCUCAUCGUCCUGCUCUGUACAAAAGAUGAUAUUGAUUUUGUGGCUGGUUUCAUUUGUUGGAAUGCUCUUCAACUUUCUUACGCUCAUUUACAUUGCUUUUCUCUGCGGUAAAUUGCUGGCUUAAAUGCAUGCUGCUUGAACCCUAUAAUCAGAUAGACCAUCCCGAAUGCAAGUCAAGGCCUGAUAGUGGUCUUUCUGCAAUUACAGAGCUGGACCCUGGUUAUAUAACAGGUCCUCUCUCUUCAGUAUGGAAAGAAUGGGUCAAAUGGUGUGUAGAGUUUGGCAUUGAAGCUAAUGCAAUUAUCGCUGUUCCGUAUGAUUGGAGACUGCCCCCAUCAAUGCUUGAGGAGAGAGAUCUGUACUUUCACAAAUUAAAGUUUGUAACACUUGCCUCAACUUGUUAUGAAGCAACCAAAUGCUAUACAUCUGUUAGGAUCAGUAAGAGUUAAUGGCCCAGUGACGGAUUCAAGGUAUCCUGCUCACCAACAGAUCCCACAAGCAUACGGUUACCGCCAAAUGCCUGCAAGGUUGGACAGUACCAACCCAUCACAGGCCAUGGGAGGUUACACGCUGCAGUCACAGAAGGAAACAUUAUUUGAAGAGUUGCCAUUUUGAAGAGUUACUCGAAUCCAAUAUUUUGCUCUUUUGAAUUCCUUGGUGUACACUGGCAAAUAUUAGCAUAUUUGAAGAGUUGCCAUUUCGAUCAUCAUCUUCAUUUGUACUUUUUGGGUCAGAUCUAAUAAAGCAUCAGCAUUAAAUUUACAAUGAUCACCUAAAUCCAUGGUUUUUAUUGCC